AGUGAAUUUCCUGGCUGAGCAACAGAAUUAGGGUUUUACCUGAAACUAAAAACCCUUGCAACCCCCAAAAUCCUCUUCAAUGGAAAAAAGCAAAAGGCCAACUACUGAUACUACAAACUGAUUCUAGGAGAGAAAUAUUUUGCAAUCAGAAUGUUCGCCACAAGAAAUUUUCCAAACCAAUCCCUCAAAACCCUAACUUCUCUUCUCCGCAACAGUCUUUAUAUUCAGAGGAAUCAUUUCCACCCAAAUGUUGAAAUCUAUCGAAAAAGUCCAAUAUUUGAUUAUUCUUCUUCUUCUCAUACCUCACUCUCUUCUUUCAAUUUGGAGUUUAGAUUUAAUGGAUUUCGAAGGUGGAUGUCAACAUCCAAAGGAAGAAGUAUGAGAAGCAAAGUUGAGCGAAGAAUGCAAAGAGAAGCUGGUAAAACUCAAAGGCAAAUUAGACAAGCUAAAAAGAUUAAGCUUAAGCUUAUGACGGAUGAAGAACGCCUCAUUUACAAUCUUAGAAGGGCCAAGAAGAAAGUUGCAUUGCUUCUCCAAAAGCUUAAGAAAUAUGAACUGCCUGAAUUGCCUGCACCUAGACAUGACCCAGAACUGUUAACACCUGAACAACUUCAAGCUUAUAAGAAGAUUGGAUAUAGAAACAAAAACUAUUGUGAGGUUGGUGUUCGUGGAGUCUUUGGAGGAGUUGUCCAGAAUAUGCAUCUUCACUGGAAGUUCCACGAGACUGUGCAAGUUUGUUGUGAUAACUUCCCCAAGGAAAGGAUCAAAGAGAUGGCAACUAUGCUUGCUAGACUCAGUGGUGGUAUUGCGGUUAACAUACAUAAUGUGAAAACAAUCAUCAUGUUUCGUGGUAGAAACUACAGGCAACCAAAGAAUUUAAUACCUGUCAAUACCCUCACGAAGAGGAAGGCUCUUUUUAAGGCAAGAUUUGAGCAAGCACUUGAAUCUCAAAAACUAAAUAUCAAGAAAAUUGAGCAGCAGCUUCGCAAAAAGGGUAUAAGCCCAGAUGAUCCUGUGGCAAUGGCGAGCAUCCAGAGGGUGGCAUCAACCUUUUUUAAUGCAAUUGACAAGAAGGAAGGGAGCCCCUAUGUCUUCCGUGAGACUCAGGAUUCUGUAAAGGAGACUCAAAAAAGCUCAGAACAGCCCGAAUUUGCUGAUGAUAGUGAUCAAGAAGAGCUUGACAAAUUUAUAGCAGAGAUAGAGGAGGCUGUUGAUCAGGAAUGGGCCGAGGGGGAGGCUGCAGAAAAGGAAGAAUAUGGAAAAAUUAAGUACAGGAAUAAGGAAGACUCUGGUGGAAGAUUCAAACCCGAGCGUUACGUAGAUGACAUGUCUGGUGAUGAGGAUAGAAGUCGACGUCAAGGUCGUGGUUCAAUGAAUGCACAUAGAAGACAAACAAUGAAAGAUAGCGAUGAUGAAGAUUACAUUGAUGAUUAUUGUGGAAGUGAAGGAGAAAACAGUACUGAUAAUCUUGAUGAACGACAUUUUCGAAAACCACCAAGGGCUACCAGAAACGAAUCCCAUGAUCGCCGUGAAUCAUUCAGGGUUGCGAAAAGCAAUAGGCUAGAUGAUCCCGAUUAUCCCGAAAUUGAUAGUGAUGAUUCUGAUGAAGGUGGCUGGAACUCCCGUGUAAGAGAUAGAACCAGAAAGCAAGAUAAAAGAGGCAGAUCUGACAUUAUGGAAACAAUAAACUUCGGGGGGGAGAGUUCAGAUGCCGAUAUAGGUUAUAGUGAUGCAGAAAUUCCUUUAUACGAAUCAGAUGAUGAUACCCUUGAAUCUAGCGCAUUAAAAGCGGCAGAUGAGGACUACAUCAGCUCUGUUGGACCCCCACAUUUUGAUGAAAAAGAGGAGGAUUCCGCUACGACAAGAAGAAAUCAAUCAUCUCGAAAAUAUAAUGAAGUUUGGGAUAGUGAUUGAAUCCCGAUAAAAACGAAGGCGUUGGUGUGUUUCUCAAUCUAAGCUACUCUGCAUGACAAUGGCCAAAUAUUUUGCGGAAGGCGCAUAAUUUUCUAGAUGAAUCAAGACUGUUUCAUGCUUGUGGCUGUGAAGAAUACCCAUUGCAUUUUAGGCUUUGGCCAGGAACCGUAAAACGAGAUGGGCACUACUUCGAAAUAGUAUUGUUCAACAGGCUGAUCUAUGAUAAAAAAAAGGAUUUGGCGGCGUAUCAUGAUAUAAUACAUCUCCUAAUAGGUAUUUUUAUCAUUAAUCAAGUGAUAUUUUUGAGUGAUAGCUUUAUACUUCUAUAAGAUCUGAUAUAUGCCAUAUCUUCUUUUAUUCUUGUAAACUGUUGCAGCUUGCUCCCAUCACACAAGAGGCAAUUAACAAGCCAUAGCAGCAUUGUCAACUGUCAAUCCCUAAAAACUUCUCAUCAGAUUGAAUUGAAUGAAACUGAACUCUUUAGUAACUACUAAAUUGAAUCAAAUUGCUUUGAAUUGAACUUAUUAAAAAGCAUAUUGUCAUACUUUAAAGUGGUGAAUAGUACUUCCUCUAUUGUCUUCAAGUUGAUUAUCUUUAUUAUCUUCACUUCAAAGCCCAUCAUUAAACUUCUCUUCUUGGAUUCUCUUUUAUACUCAUGUGUAGAAUGUUGUAAUGAGUUGAAAUAAAUUAUUUUGUUCGACUCUCUUA